ACACACACACACUACAUCACACACUACAUCACACACACACUCCUGGAUGCGGGUUCCAGCUCCUGAACUCACGCAUAUCUCCGGAGAGCGCGUGCCAUGUGAGACGCGGACGGUUUGACCGGGAAAAUGCGGUGCAUCUGCGUGAGAAUGGGGUUUCCUGGAUAUCACAGCACUUUAGAUCAACUAAACUGGGACUAAUCUGAAGACCUUAUGUCCAUCGAACGCGUCUUUCGCCCUUUUCUUGUCUUUUCUGGACUGAAACCCCUGGGCAUGGCCAAGACGGCGCUUCUGGAUUUGGGCGUUUUGAUUUUAAUCGGAUUAACAGCCGCACGCGCAAACGGCGUUUCGCUGCACCGGAGGAUCGCCGCGCGCGAGGAGAGCGCACCUGAGCACGAGCGCGCGAGCAUGUGCGCGAGGACAGCACCGGAACCUGCACCGGCACCCACGGAGCGAGCGCGCGGAUCCGCCGACGACCACGAAGGCGUCACAGGACCGUCGUGCGACCCUCAUCCGCGGAACCGAGUCAAGCGGUGCACGUGCUACACGUACAAGGACAAGGAGUGCGUUUAUUACUGCCACCUGGACGUCAUCUGGGUGAACACGCCCGAGCGCCUGGUGCCGUACGGCAUGUCGAGUUACAGAGGCUCUCAGCGUGCACGGCGCUCUACAGCAGACAGGAGGAGAGUGAUGCAACGGUGUGUGUGCACUCUGCAAAACGACUCUCAUUGCAACAGCUUCUGUGACAAAAGUUCACAAUUGCGCAUUAAGCAGGUUCGUGGAAACACGGCUAGAAACUCUGCUUCAUCACAGCACCCCAUCGUUGACAUUGUUUCCCGAAACCAUGACAUCUCCAAGUGUUUUAUUCCUCUUCCACCACAGCAAUUUGCAGAGUUUACCAUAACCAUCUGUUGCUGGAGCGCUAAGCCAUGCUGGAAACGUCCUGUCCAUGCAUUCUUCUCUCUUAACACCUGGACAUACCUUACAGAAAAGAAGCUUAUCUGUCUGAAGAGAAGGAGGAAUUCCAUUAUCCAAGGAAGACACAUGACAGGAAAGUAGAAGAAUAUAAUGGCGGGUUCAUGGAAUGCUUAAAUUACACAACCAACGAACCUGGAGAAUAACUCGGAGUGUGAUUCAAAGAGAGGAUAUUAAACAUAACGACUGGCUUCAUGCUAACUCAUCAUGUUACAGCUCGUCUUCUGCAACACUCAAGGCUGAAUCUUUGUACUGACUAUAAGCUCCACUUCGUUGCCUUUAAUUAAAGACUAACUUGCUAUAAUAAUCUGAUUUACGAAUCCCAGGUUGGGCAAAAUCACCAGUCACCAAUCAGCGUUCGAUGGUUGUACACUGUAGAUACUCAGACGACACUGAACUGUUUUCUCGUUUUCCAGGCCACAAUGCCAUGUGGUAAUGCUUCUGAUUAGAUGGCACUUAAAUAUGGACUUGCUAACAGAGAAACAAAACUGGGGACUUUACAUAAAGCAAUACAUUUUCAGCUGUUCACGCAGCCAACGAUUAACAUGAUCUAUAUUUUAUAUAUAAUAUUAACCUAUACAAUAUUUGUACUUGUGUGACUUUGGGCAUUGCUUUACAUUAAAAAAAAAUCACAGCGUACAGUACACAUUUUAAUGCUUUAUUUUGCCAGAUUGUGUGAGAGAAUCCAACUGAUUCCCCUUUAAAAAAAAAUCAGAAAUGGAUUGAACAUCACUGUUUUGGUGGUCAUUUAGGUGUCCUCCUUUUCUAAACCUUAAGAGUUUAACAAUUAUUCCACGAAAUCAAGUCAUAUAUGAGCUGAUAGCGUAGCACAGAGUCGGCUAUAAUCCAUGUAUGACAAGACUGAACGGAAUAACUGUUUUAUUCCAUCCACAUUCACUGGUGUGGCAGUUCCCUAUGUAUGAGUGGAGCACAGAGGAUGGCAGGACAGAGAUCAGGUUGACACACAGCUUUAUUGUCACACUUUUCAGGUUGACAACUAUGUUUUUAGCGUUUACAGGCACACACACACACUCGGCGUCUGAUUCCGGGGAGAGCUCCUCUGCUCUCGCUCUCCCUCCUUAAAUAGGGCGCGGUCACUGGGAAGACACAGACAAACACAGGUUAAUUGCAGUCAGGUGUAGUGAUUCUGCCACUUACCUUCCCUGACUCCGCCCUCCUGUCACAAACCGGUGCUUGACCACGCCCCCGCUGCCACAACUGGAUUUUGAGAAACAGAGCAUUUUUAUUUUAAUUUUUUUUGCAAAUUUGAUAAAUAAAAACUUCAUACAAAACGUUCGACAAAAUAAUUUCCGCUUAGGUGGACUUCUUAAAAACAUAUCAAUGGCGGCAUGAAUUGACUUUAGUGUUGUUUUUUUGUAGAAAGUCUUAAUAGACGUCUUGCUGUCAUGCCGAGGUAUAGAAUAGCUCAUCUCAUCUCAUCUCAUUAUCUGUAGCCGCUUUAUCCUGUCCUACAGGGUCACAGGCAAGCUGGAGCCUAUCCCAGCUGACUACGGGCGAAAGGCGGGGUACACCCUGGACAAGUCGCCAGGUCAUCACAGGGCUGAC